AUGCCAGACGUUGCGCCAAAGCGGGAGAUCAAACAAACCGACCCGAAGCCGUCGCUGCCACCGGGCAUGGUCCUUGGUCCUGACGGCAAGCCAUGCAAAAUCUGUACGGCUUUCCGUUCUUGGAAGCCGACCGCGCAGAAUGACAAUGCGCAAGCCGACAAAUCGAGUGGAAAGAAGAAUACAGCAGCGAUGAUGGCGGCCUUUGCGUCUGGCAAGGGCUUCGCCUCGACGCCUGACCCCGACGUUCGCCCGGAGCAUUGCCCGCCUGAUGUCGAACAACUAGGCCGUGCGACGUGGACAUUCCUGCACACGACGGCCGCGUACUAUCCAGAGAAGCCGACACCUAACCAGCGCGCGAAUAUGCUCACUCUCUUGCGCUCACUGCCGGUCCUGUACCCGUGCUCACACUGCGCCUCGCAUUUGGACUCGAAUAUCCGGGACCACCCACCGAACGUGAGUGGGAGGGUUGCGCUGAGCAGGUGGCUCUGCGAGAGACAUAACGACGUCAAUGAGCGGUUGGGAAAGCCAAAGUUUGAUUGUUCGAUCGAGAAGACGGACGAGCGCUGGAAGGAUGGUCCAAGUGAUGGCAGUUGUGACUAG